UCCGGCCGGACUUGCAAGGGGCGGGGCCGCUGUGCCCCGAGCUCUGAGCAGGCGCGGAUUCUCUCCAUUUCCCCCAGGAGCCAUAUAUUAAAGACAAUGUCUGGAAGCUUCUACUUUGUAAUCGUUGGCCACCAUGAUAAUCCAGUUUUUGAAAUGGAAUUUUUGCCAGCUGGGAAAGCAGAAUCCAAGGAUGAUCAUCGCCAUCUGAACCAAUUCAUCGCUCAUGCUGCACUUGACCUUGUGGAUGAAAACAUGUGGCUUUCAAACAACAUGUACUUGAAAACUGUGGACAAAUUUAAUGAGUGGUUUGUGUCAGCAUUUGUCACUGCUGGCCAUAUGAGAUUUAUUAUGCUUCAUGAUAUAAGGCAAGAAGAUGGAAUAAAGAACUUCUUUACUGAGGUUUAUGAUUUGUAUAUAAAGUUUGCAAUGAAUCCAUUUUAUGAACCCAACUCUCCUAUUCGAUCAAGCGCAUUUGAUAGAAAAGUUCAGUUUCUUGGGAAGAAACACCUUUUAAGCUGAAUGCAGAAAAAAUUUCAGAAUAAACAGUGUCACAAUGGUAUAUACUCAGAAAUGUGUACCUUGGAAAUAACUUGAUUAAAUAGUCUAGAAAACUUCUACUUGUCUCAGUGUAUCUAAAUAUAGUAGAAAUUGUUUUAUAAUU